CCGCUUCAACUAUCUUGCCUCUUCUCCGAUCGAGCUGGGGAAUCCGGGGAAACGUCUCCAGUAUCUAUCUAGGUAUCUAUAUAUACCAUCGAUUACUCCGCAUUCUGAUCUCAUCUCGUGUCCCAGAGAUCAUCGUCUUCUUAGGUUACCUGCAUCGGUAAUCGUAUAUUCUAUCUUCUACCAAGUUGAAGUCAUCCAAGGACAAACUGUCAAGAUGCCGUUCGGAAUAUUGGAGUGCAAGAAGAUGGAGCUGGUGCCCGGCACAGCUAUCCUGGGUGACAAGGAAUCAACCGAUCCGCCCCCAGAAUAUGCACACAUCCCAAGAGACCAGCUGAAGCACGGAACGGGCAAAUUCUCCCAUAUCAUUCUCGUGCCUCAGCCGUCCGAUUCUCCAAAUGAUCCAUUGAACUGGCCACAAUGGCAAAAGGAACUCAUCCUUCUCAUCAUUGGUCUCUCGGCUAGCGUCGUCGGUGCUUUUGGUCCUAUGCUUUCACCGGGUUUCGUUCAAGUCUCAGCUGAACUAAACAUCACCGUCGAAACACUCUCGCAAGCAACUGCAUGGCUCAUUCUGACUCUGGGAUUGUGCGUGUUUUUCAUGAACCCCCUUGCCAAGGUGUACGGUAAACGACCCAUUUACCUCCUCGCCAGCGUCGUUAUGCUCGUCACUAGUUGCUGGGGUGCCGCAUCCAAGGACUAUCCUUCUUUCCUAGCGAGUCGAGUCGUAUCUGCCAUCGGUAUGGCGCCGUACGAAAUCCUCGUCCUGGCCACCAUCAAGGAUAUCUACUUUGUGCACGAGCGCGGCACACGUAUCGCCGUGUGGAAUCUAUUCUUGAUGUGCGGUAUUGCAGGCGGUGCCAUGAUUUCAGGAUACAUUAUUCAAAACCUCGGAUUCCGCUGGACAUUCUGGAUUUGUGCAAUUCUCUUUGGCGUUUUCCUAUUUGGUAUCAUAUUCUUCGUGCCUGAAACAACCUACAGACGUCCCCCAGGUUUGGUCGCUCAGCUUACUGCCGAUGCAGAGAAGACGCGAAAUCUGGAAGAGCACGACGACAAUGAAAAGAAUACACCUGUCCGGAUCGAAACUACCUACAGCCAUGAACCCGUAUCCGAAUCCCGCAUGUCAUACCUUCGCAGUCUUCGUGUGUUUACUGGAAAAUACAGCGAUGCGCCAAUGCUCAAAAUCUUUGCUCGCCCAUUCAUCCUCUUCUUCUAUCCACCUGUUCUCUGGGGGUUUCUCCUCUACGGCACAACACUUACCUGGAUCGUGGUCUUCUCUGUCGUCAACGGUGUCAUCUUCGUCAAACCACCCUACAACUUCUCUGUCUCCCAAACAGGACUCAUAAGUCUAAGCCCCUUCCUCCUCACCUUAAUCGGCGAAGUAAUCUCCGGUCCCAUGAACGACUGGAUCUGCGUCUAUCUCACCAACAAGAACCGCGGUAUCUACGAGCCCGAAUUCCGUCUCCCACUCGUCUUCUUCACCGUCAUCCUGGGAAGUGUCGGCUUCUUCGGUUUCGGGGCAACAAUCCACUAUGAAACCCACUGGACGGGACCUGUACUCUGUUUCGGGUUCGCGAAUAUGGCCAUGGCGUUCGCUUCUACGGCCGUGUUUGGUUAUGUGGUUGAUUGUUACCCAAGAUUAAGUGAGGAGAUCUUUGUCUCGGUUAAUGCUCGUAAUCUCUUGACCUUUGGGUUUACGUAUUUUGUGAAUACUUGGUUGGAGAGGAAUGGUGUGUUGAUUGUGUUUAGUGCACUUGGUGCUAUGUUUUUGUUUGUUUGUUUCCUGACUAUCCCCAUGUGGAUCUUUGGGAAGAAGAUUAGGAGUUGGAUUGGAAGGAAUCAGUGGUUGCAGGAGUUUAUGACUGAUGAGGAGUAA